AUGUACACUCGCUUCGGACGCACAGCAGUGCUGCUCACGCAAAUCUGGCUUCCUACAACACUCGCUCAAGCUCUAGGAACAUGGAGCGAAGUCAUCAACUUCCCCGUCAUCCCGGUCGGCGCCUACGUCGUGCCUGAAGCCCCAUCAUCGUUCCGCAUGAUGGUGUAUUCCGCCUGGUCUCCAAACUCGUUCGGUGGCGAACGAGGGUAUACACAGUUCGCAGAGUUCAACUUCAAUACCGGAACAGUGUCUGAGCGCCAGGUCUCCAACACCAACCAUGACAUGUUCUGCCCAGGCAUGAACUCUCUUUCCGACGGACGCUUGAUCAUCACUGGUGGUAGCAACGCGGAGAAGACUAGUAUCUACGACCCUGCGACCAACCAGUUCGCCUCGGGCGCUGAUAUGAACAUCAAGCGCGGAUACCAAGCUUCUGCACUUCUCUCCAACGGCAAGGUCUUCACAAUUGGCGGCUCCUGGUCCGGUCCUCUGGGUGGCAAGAUGGGAGAAAUCUACAACCCAACCACCAACACCUGGACUGUGCUCCCUGGAGCGGCCGUAGAGCCCAUGCUCACCAACGACAAGGGUGGCAUCUUCCACCAGGACAACCACGCAUGGCUCUUCCCGUGGAAGAAUGGCUCCGUUCUCCAAGCGGGACCUAGCAAAGCCAUGAACUGGUACUACACCGACGGCACAGGUGGCGUCAGCCCUGCUGGCAUCCGUGAUGCGGACAACGACGCCAUGUGUGGUGUAAAUGUCAUGUACGAUGUCGGCAAGAUCUUCUCAGCUGGAGGCUCACACGACUACGGCGACUCUCCCGCGCUCAGUGUCGGCCAUCUGAUCAGCAUCAGCGACGUUGGCGCGCCCGCCACGGUCGAACAACUCCCAGACAUGCACCACAAGCGCGCCUUCGCCAACGUCGUAGUCCUCCCCGACGGCAAAUCCCUAAUCACAGGCGGCCAAGAAGUAGCCCACGGCUUCACAGACGACGAGGCCGUCCUCGAACCCGAGCUCUUCGACCCCGUCACAAAGAACUACACCCUACUCGCACCCGCAACCAUCCCCCGCAACUACCACUCAACAUCCCUCCUCCUCCCCGACGGCCGCGUCUUCAGCGGCGGCGGCGGCCUCUGCUACGACUCCGGCGCCGGCGAAUCCAUCCCCUGCCACAACACAGCCGACCACCCCAACGCCCAGAUCUUCACACCCCCGUACCUCACCACCGGCGCCCCAAGACCAGUCAUCUCGCAGGUCGUCGAGGGCCUCUCCGUCGCGCCCGGCGGCCAGAUCAAGAUCACCAUGGAGGGCUCAACGGCAGGCGUCACCUUUGCGUUGCUCAGAAUCGGGAGCUCAACGCACAGCUUGAACACGGAUCAGAGGCGCAUUCCGCUUACACCGCAGCUUGUGGGCGAUAAUGAUGUUACGCUGCCUGUUCUGGGUGAUUCGGGUAUUAUGCUGCCGGGUGCGUGGUAUCUGUUUGCGGUCAGCGCGGCGGGCGUGCCGAGCGUGGCGAGGACUAUCUUCGUGACGUUGUAA